UAUAUAAUCAAUCUAAAUAGUAAAUAUUACUUUGAAAGCCGGUUUUCUCUCCCUUUUGCAGCCUAUCCGCCUCUCUUCUUUCUUUCUUUCUUCCAGGAUUAGGAUUAGGAAUAGGAAUAGGAAUAAAAUCCUCCCCAAGCUAAACAUAUUCCAUUUCCGCCCCUUCUCUGUUUCUCUGUUUUUUGUUGGAAAACAGGGCAGGGGAUUUUCUCUCUCAUUCUUCUGUAAAUCUGUAAUGAUCUCUGAGACUUCUUUCAUGUGUAUGUGUAUAUAUACGUGUACGUAUAGCUAGACAGGGGAAGAGGAAGCUUUUUCGUUCAUAACCAUGGAUGUCGGAAUCCAAGAAGGCGGAGGGAGGGAGGAGAAACAACGGCGAGAGGAAAAGCCGACGAGAGAAUCGGAAAUUAUGGAGGAUGAUGAGGAGAGGAAUCCACGUGGCGGUUCAUCGCCGAGGGGAGUUUUGGAGAUUCCGACGUCCGGCUCCUCGGAUUCCGACAACAACAGCAGCAUAACCGGCGAGAGGAGCAGGAGUUUCGGGUCUCCGUCACCGUCGUCGUCGUCACAGGACGAGAAGGCGGCGGCGGCGGAGGAGGAGGGGAAAGCCAACGACGCGGAAGGAGAAGAAGAAGUCACCCGCUGCGGUGGCAGCGGCGGCGGGUUUGACCCCACGGCGGUGCAGUGGAAGAGCAUUUUUGAUCAGAUAAAGAGGAAGUCGGCGAAAAGUUUCCCGAUUGUGCCACUCUUCGGACACGAUAUUAUAAGAAAGAGCCGGCGCAUGUUUUUCAGCUGGAGCCGGUGCUCCGAGGACAACAUUGAUUGCGGCGAUUUCUCCAUUACAAAACCUUCCUGGAGAAAUUUUACCUUACAGGAACUCUCCCAGGCCACCGAUAAUUUCAGUUCCGAAAAUAUGCUUGGGAAAGGAGGACAUGCAGAGGUGUAUAAGGGGCGUUUGGGUGAUGGGCAAGUUAUUGCGGUGAAGAGGAUAAUAAAGGAGGAUAAAAAGGACGAGGAGAGAAUUGAAGAUUUCUUGUCUGAGCUUGGGAUUAUUGCCCAUAUCAAUCACCCAAAUGCCGCUAAACUCAUCGGUUUCAGUGCUGAUAAUGGUUUGCACCUUGUUCUUCAGUAUCUCCCUCAUGGCAGCCUCGCUUUCCUUUUACACAAUGCAACAGAAACCUUGGAGUGGAAAAUAAGGUUUAAGGUGGCUGUCGGCGUAGCAGAAGGAUUGCACUAUCUGCACUGCGUUUGCCAGAGGCGAAUUAUCCACAGGGACAUCACUGCCUCCAACAUAUUGCUCACUGAGGAUUAUGGAGCUCAGAUAUCAGAUUUUGGACUGGCGAAAUGGCUGCCGGAGAAAUGGGGCCACCACGUAGUUUCUCCGAUAGAGGGCACUUUCGGGUACAUGGCGCCGGAGUAUUUUAUGCACGGAAUCGUCGACGAGAAGACAGACGUCUUCGCCUUCGGCGUUUUGUUGCUGGAGCUUAUUACCGGUCGUCAGGCUGUUGAUUCAUCCCGACAAAGCCUUGUCAUGUGGGCAAAACCACUGUUGGAGCAAAACAACAUCAAAGAACUAGCAGACCCGCGGCUAGGAGACGCUUACGAUGUGGUGGAAAUGGAGCGGUCCAUGUUCGUGGCAUUGUCGUGCAUUCAACACCUACCCAACAUGCGUCCCAACAUGAAGAAGGUUGUUGAGGUUUUGAAAGGGGAGAACGAGCUGAAGGUCGAACUGAGACAGAGCAAGUCAGUUUCAUCGGAAUCAUUACACAUAGCAGACUUCACCUCCACAUCUUACCGCAAACAUCUGGAUCGCCAUUUGCAGCUUAUUAUGGAGUGAUCGAUCAUAUAUAUAUCCUUAAAUUUUUGUGGUUACAUUACGUUGUUGCAUUAUUGAUUGAUAGACCAGAUACAUACCGGUGUUUAAUUUGGCAAUUUGAUUGAAUCAAUGUUGUCUCAUCUCAUCUCAUGUAUGUUGUGUUAUGUCGGUUUGGCAUGCAAAUCGAUUGAAUGUUGUAUGUG